AUGUCCGUCAUUGAUGUUAGUGCUGUUAUGUCCCGUUCUGCCCAUAGCCGUCUUUCCCCUAAUAAAACCCCAGUUUUCCCCGUAUUCUACCUCCCUGCUUCGUCCUUCCCUGCCUCCUUCCUGCCAGCCUGCCCGUCCGCACCCGCAAACUCUGACACCCGCAAUAUAAUAAUAUCGUGUACAGUACAUACUGUAAUCAGUCCAGAGGUAACAUCACUUCUCCAAAUUCAAGUUGCCGGCUAUGAUUACUGUAGGUCCCAGGGGAAGGGGUUGCACUAAACCAGUAUUUCAAUGGAUUACGAAAAACCUUAGUGCAGGGGUGCCCAAAGUGGGGCCCGCGGGCCAAGGUUGGCCCGCCGUACUAUUUAGAUUGGCCCGCCAAUGGAUAUCUAAAAAUUUAAAUUAUUACUGUACUAAAAUUUGUUUAAAAAACUCUUAAAGCACGAAUCCCAGUGUAGCUAUCAGUGCGUUUAUUUUUAGUGUACGUUGACCUAACUAAUAUAUAUUAUACAGUCCUCACUCAUGGUGCUUUGAUUACAUUUGAAAUAUCUAAGACUAAAAUUGAAAUACAAGCAACUAUAAGGGUAAUGUAGAGUAUAUCUGUCACGGGCGACCGCGGGCAGAGCGGCGAUCGUGAGGGCAAGCGGGGAAUCAGGAAGCAGGCAGGCAGGAUUCGGGGCAAACGGGGAUUUAAUCAAAGGUUUUCGGGGAACAGGGAACAUCGGACACUGACUGACAUGAAUGACGGACGAAGGACUCAGGUAAGACACGGACUGAAAUACACAGGACUGAGCAAAUGAACUAGAUACAGCUGGGUACAAUCGGGAGAAAACACGUGGGUAAUCAGGGGGCGUGGCACACAGGAGGAGCGGACGAGCCGGGCAUGACAAUAUCUGUGCACAUAUGUACAUUUCCACACUUCAUAAAUAGUCAUAUUUUAACAAUUUGCAAAAAGUCCCAUGAGUCUUUGUUGCCGCCAUACGGGAUCAAACCAGUUUGUGGCGGGUCACCACCAGGCUGCUAGCUUAAGCCACUAUCAACAUGGAGCGGCAUCGUCAGUGGCACACAGACAAAAGACAUUUUAAAAAAUGCUGGGAGGAAGAAUAUUUUUUCACUGACAUAAAUGCUAAAGCGGUCUGCCUUAUUUGUAAUCAGUCUGUUGCUGUACUAAAGGAGUAUAACAUUCGUCGUCAUUAUGAGACGAAGCACGCAGCAUUUUCGCAAUUCAAAGGUGAUGCGCGAAAGAACAAGACCAGGGAGCUGCUGGCUAAACUUCACAGGCAACAAGGGACUCUUACACGGCCCUCGACAGCCCAGGACAGCGCGACACGGGCCAGCUUUGAGAUUACUGCGCUAAUUGCCCGGACUGGGAGAUCAUUUUCAACGGGUGACUUUGUUAAGGAGUGUCUGUCCAUAGCUGCGACAAUCAUGUGCCCGUCACAGGCAAAAACUUUCUCCCAGAUCAGCCUCUCACGAAAUACUGUGACACGUCGUAUUGAAGAAAUGUCUCUAGACAUUAAGGAGCAAUUUAAAGCAAAGGCUGCUGGAUUUGUCGCCUUUUCUUUGGCGUGUGAUGAAAGCACGGACAUUUCGGACUCUGCACAACUUUUGGUUUUCAUACGGCGAGUAAAUGAAAACAUGGAAAUAACUCAGGAGCUGGCUGGAUUUGAGACACUGCGCAGCACAACAAAAAGUGAGGAUUUGUUUGCAGCCGUUGAGCGAGUGUUGGAUACGAACGGGCUGAGCUGGGAAAAAUUGGUUGGGAUAACAACUGAUGGAGCACCUGCCAUGGCUGGGAGGAAAACAGGCCUUGCCACACUAAUUUCCCAGAAGGUUUCCCAAUGUGGAGGUAAGGUGGCAAAAUACCACUGCAUCCUGCACCAAGAGCAACUAUGUGCCAGAUCAGUUGGUAUGGGAGACGUGGUGCGUGACGUGAUUAAAAUCAUAAACUGCAUACGAUCAAAAGCGCUCUCACACCGCCAGUUCAGAGCUCUUCUAGAGGAGGUUGAUUCACAAUACAAGGAUGUGCUUUACCACCAAGAGGUGAGGUGGCUGAGCCGCGGGAAAGUCCUCAAAAGAUUUUUUGAGCUGCGCCAUGUCAUCGCGGAGUUUCUGACAAGCAAGAACAGUGACACUCAAGUCCCCACAGAUGGUUUUGUGACGUGGCUUUUAUGGUGGACAUCACUGACCUGCUCAACACCCUGA